AUGCAGAUCUGGGACUCGCCAUUCUCGACACUGGCACCGCGACGGGCGUCGCCGGACCCGCUUUCGGGUCUUCCAGAGUUUCCGGACGUGGCGUCGCGGCUGGCAAUGAGCGAGGCAGCGCAGCAGAGGUCUACAUCGCCUGUGUGGCGGCAAAGGCCGGUGACGCCGCCCAAGGUGACCGGAUCGCCCCUCACGCCUCGCUCACCAUUUGAUCCGGCGCGGAUCGAGGCCAACCGGGCGCGGCGGAUUCGGACGCUAUCGCCGAUGGCGGCGCCGCCGCUGGUGCUUGCGACUACGGAUCAGAUGGAGGCAGCAGUUGACGAGGCCGACCAGCUUGAAGCGACAGUUUCGAGCCGUUCGCGGUCGCGGUCGCAUUCACCGCAGCUCGUGCUCAUCGGCUCGGGCGAGUCGUCACCUACCGCUGCGGUGGGCGUGGCUGUUGCGCCCAGAGCGGCCGUAGUCCGUGUACCAUCAGCCGGCGCGCUUCCGCAGUGCGACGGCGACGAGGUGGGUCUGUCGUCGCAUGGAUCGAACACGACGAUUGUGUGGUCAGAGUCGUCGUCGUCUGUUUUGUCGGAAAGUAUGCUUGCGGGGCUUGAUGAGUUGUCUGUCAGCCCGGCCGUGGUUGUUUCUUCCCUUGACGGGCGCUCCGACGACGGAUCUGUGUCAUCGCUCGGCUCGUGGCUCUCGGAGGUUUCGUCCGAGACUGCGAUUUCGGACAUUGUUGUAGAGCCACAAGCCAACCCGUAUCCAGACUUUGGACCGAUGAUCGAGUUUUUCGACAAGCUUGGCCGCGGCGAGUUUGAAGUGCUGGACCGUGCAGCGCUAGAAGCUUCACACAAGACGGUGGAUGGCGUGGCGAAGAAUGCUGUUAGGGACGGCGAAAAGCAAGCGCUAUCAAUGGUUCUGUCCAAGGCGUCAGAUGGCGGGGAGAACCAGUGCGAAUGGGUUGCGUCGCGGCGGGUCUCACUGUCGAGCUACUCGCUGCGGAAGCAUGUGCUCGGCUCGUCGGCCGGUUCGAUUGAUAUGACGUCGUCUGUGCACACAGGACGGUCGCGGUCGCGGUCGAUGUCAUCGUGGUCGGGGAGGCGGCGCGGAUUCCAGUGGUCUGCGAGCGAGGCUGAGAUUUCUGCGGCGACACUCAUCCAGGCCUCGUUCCGUGGUUUCAAGCGGAAAAAGGACAAGUUUCGGUUUGUGGUCCCGGAACCACUGACGUGGGAAAAGGUGGAGGAGCGCGAGGCCAAGGCACGGAGUGCUAGCGAAGCGCUGCUGGCGUCACUUGCGGACGAGUCGCCGGCGCGCGAGUUACUUGCGGCGAUGAACGAGGUGCGGGCGGACCCAGGUGGGCUCGCCGAUGCGCUGGAGGAGCGGCUGCAGUACUUUAAGAACGGUGUCCUGUGGGUGCCGGGCGUGCCGAUGGGCAUCAUGACCAUGGAAGGACGCGCCGGACAGGACGACGCGAUUGCCUUUACAAGGCAGCAAGCGGCACUGGAGCCGCUGGCGCUCUCGCCGGUGCUGUGUCUUGUGGCGGCGAUGCACGCGUCUGAUAUCGGCAGCAAGGGCAUGACUGGUUCGGAGGGCUCGGACGGGCGUGGCCUGCACGAGCGAGUAUGCGCAGCGCUCGUAGCAGGCGGCGUGGCAGCAUCGAUGUUUGAGGCUGGCAGGCCAUGGCGGGCGCCGUCUCAGGCAGCAAAGGCCCCUGUCAUGCUUGAGCAAGAUGGCGAGGCGUGUGAGCUUGCGGUGCUGGAGACGUUUGUAUACAAGGGGUGGAGCUCUGCGCGCGAUGCGGUGGUGCAGAUGGCAGUGGACGACGGACUUCGAACUCGGCACCGGCGCAAGGCGCUGUUUAACUCGCGCAUGACCCAUGUGGGCAUUGCUGUGGGGCCGCAUGUGGUAUACGGUUCGGUGACGGUGAUGGUGUACAGCUCGGGCGGGCUGGAACAAGUGGGGCGCGGGAUUGAGGGCAUGUCGGCGGAAGAAGGUGUGCAGGCUGCGAUGCAGCUCUCAGCGGAGCGCAAUGGGGCGAUGGCGCUUGUCGGGUACGCGGUGCGGCAGACUGUGGUCUCGCAGGCUUACACCGAGCCGUCGCUCGAGUGCCCUGGGUGCCACUCUGCGGUGGGAAGUCACAUCGGCAAAGUGUACGUGGGCCAGAGCCCGUGGCACUCUGAGUGCUCGUCCGUCUGCCGGGUGUGUCUCUCCGGGCGGGCGCAUUUGCUGAAGGACGGGACAGUGCCGACGUGUUCCGAAUGCUUCCACUCGCUGUCGCAGUACCGUUGCGAUGCGUGUGCACAGCCGUUGGUGGACGAGUUCGUUGCGCACAAGGAGCGGCAGCGAGCGCUCUGUCUGGAGUGCUUCCAGGAGCUUAACAUCCGGUCGGGCAACCCUACCGUGGCAAGCAGCUCAAGAACCCCUUUCCUCGAACGGCGCAAGACUGUCGGGGCAUUGACUGGCAGGCGGCUGUCUGUGGGCGAAGGCGGCGGCAAGUCUGCGGCGUUGGUGCGGCGGAUCACUAGCUUUAAGCUGGACGAGUGGGUGGGCCAGCGUGUGCGACCUGCGCCAGUGCAGGCCCGCAAGUGGUAA